AGAACUCCUUGUGGUUACUGGUUGUUCUGUUGAUGACAGUUUGAUGACAUUCCGGUCCAUAGACACACUGCGUUCGCAUGUGACUCUGUAUGACACCAGCAGACCGGAUCAACGACCAUGCUGGCAAGACAGGGUAUCACCCUGCUUGUUGCUGUGAUGUUUUUUUCACAGUACCCAAGACCAAUCCGUGGGCUAACCUGACAGUAGGAAAAAAUUAUCCACGGAAAUGCUGCGAUGUGGGUUUGGUCAGAUUUAACUCCUUAGCCUGUUGUGACGAUUGCUGAGCUGUUGUAGAUACCCCCAUAGACCCUCAGCUGGAGAACUGGCUCAACAGGUCCUCAAGCAGUAACCAGGUGGCCCAGAUCUCCCAUCAACAGGCAACCCCCGUCACCUGAACACCCCCCAACACACGUCACUCCCUGAGUUACCUGAACACAUAUCGACACCCAUCACUCCCUGAGUAACCUGAACACCUACCAACACCCAUCACUCCCUGAGUUACCUGAACACCUACCACCAUAGUCAAACAGAUCACCAAACACCAGCAUCCCCUGUACCAGACAGCUGAACACCCAACACUGCCCAACCCUGAAUCAGACAGCUGGCUACCCAACACCAGCCACCCUUAAAUCAGACUGCUGGACACCCAACACUGCCGAAACCUGAUUUGGACAGCUGAUUUACCCAACGCCAGCCACCCCUGAAUCAGACAGUGGAAGUCCCAACACCAGCCACCAUGGGAGAGAACCACCAGGCCAGGUUUGACCCAAAGACCUACUUCGACUACUGCUACCAGUUUGCUACAGUGCCGGGCCAGAAGGACAACCGACGCUUUGUCAACUUCGUCCUCUGUCAGCUCAGCAAGACCUUCUCAACAGGGAAGUACCAGGGCCAGAGGCUGAUUGAGGUGGGUACUGGUCCGACUGUCCACACGCUGAUCAGUGCCUGUCAGUACUACGACGAGAUCCUGGCGUCCGACUACGUGGACAGCAACCGGAGUGAGAUUGAGAGGUGGCUCAGGGCGGAGGAGGGCUGUUUUGACUGGAGCGCACACAUGCAGUACGUCUGUGACCUGGAGGGCAAAAGAACCCCUCAGAUCAUCGCGGACACACUCCGCCAGAAAGUCAAACGGGUUCUAAAGUGUGACGUCUGCCUGGAGAACCCGUUCCACCCCAUCAAGGUUCCACCGGCAGACUGCGUCAUUUCCUCCCUGUGCCUGGAGGCGGCGUGUAAGGACCGCGAGUCGUACCGGCGCUCCCUGUCCUCCGUGGCGGGCCUGCUGAGGUCCGGAGGGGUCCUGGUUCUGAUCGGGGACCUGGACGAGAACUACUACACGGUGGGAGAGCAGAGGUUCGCCUGCGUCAACCUGAACCAGGAGUUCAUCACCGCCACGCUGUCGGAGCUGGGGCUAACGGUGGAGGAGUUCAAUCUGCAACAGGCGGAGGACAGGACUGGCAACCUGAAGUGUGACUACGCAGCCUCAUUCCACCUCAUCGCCGUAAAACGCUGAUCGGUCAAACUGGCUAAUCACUCGCUAUCCAUGUUUUAAAGCAAUAAAACAGAAUUGGUUUAUGUUCACGUUA